AGUGUACAACAAUACAAAAACAGCAGCAAGACAUAGGUAAUAAUAAAAAAACUAAUUAUACACAUACGUACAGACACACACAUACAUACAUACAUACACAUGGGUAGUGCAAACUACCAGUUUUUUUAACUGAAGUCUACAUUCAUACUGAAACCUAUACACAAUGGAGUUUAAGGAGGUGUGGUGCUGGGCGGGGCAAAGAAUGUGGCUUGGUGUGGGACUGGACUUCACAGACUGCUGCUCCUCCCACCACUAGUGAAAUCUUCCUGCCCCUAAGCCCACACAACACACACACACAGACACAAAAACAGACAACAGGGCCUACCAGACAAAAUCAGGAUAUGACAUCAUUCACAGGAAGGGAAGCUUUUUGCUUGUGUUUUGCUCUUUUCUGACUUUUGAGAGGUUAGGUCGGCUGAUGAGAGGGAAAGAGAAAGAAUCUUCACAGAACAGUUUGGAUUUGCUCUGUAACCUCUUGGAAAAAAAGAGUAGACAGUGGAAUUCUUCUCUGGUUUCCCACAAAUCCCCCAACAUUCCAAGUGUCUACAGGGACAAAAGCCAGAAACGUCCCCAUUUGAUGGGACUGAGGCGCAGGUAAUCAUAAGUCUGAACAAUCACAGCCAUCCUGAUCCUGACUGGUAGCUAACUCCUGCAUCAGCCUCCUCAGUUCAGCAAUGGCUCUGUGCUUGGGGCAGGUUUUCAGCAAAGACAAGACAUUCCGACCUCGAAAGCGAUUUGAACCUGGUACACAACGCUUCGAGCUAUACAAAAGAGCCCAGGCCUCUCUAAAAUCGGGCCUGGACCUUAGGAAAGUUGUGCAGCUGCCAGAUGGAGAGAACAUUAACGAUUGGAUAGCUGUGCAUGUGGUGGAUUUCUUCAAUCGUAUCAAUCUCAUCUAUGGGACUGUAAGCGAGUUCUGCACUCAGAAGAGCUGCCCCAUCAUGUCUGGUGGGCCACGUUAUGAAUACAGAUGGCAGGAUGGGGAUCAGUUCAAGAAGCCCACCAAGCUGCCUGCUCUUAUAUACAUGAACCUUCUGAUGAACUGGAUUGAGUCACUCAUCAACAAUGAGGACAUCUUUCCAACACGAGUAGGAGUCCCCUUUCCUAAGAACUUUCAGCAGAUGUGCAAGAAGAUUCUGAGCCGAUUGUUUCGGGUGUUUGUCCAUGUGUACAUCCAUCACUUUGACGUUGUCUGUAGUAUAGGGGCUGAAGCUCACAUCAACACCUGCUACAAACACUACUAUUAUUUCAUUUCUGAGUUCUGCCUCAUCGACAACUCAGAGCUGGAGCCUCUGAAGGAAAUGACAGAGAGGAUCUGUCACUGAAAGGAUGUGGAGAUGUGCUCAAAAUGUGCCCGAACCAAUUCACUUGCUAGUGAACCAAUCACUUUAAAUAUUCAUGCCAAAUGAAUGUGUAUUGGAGGUCCGAUCUGAGAUCAGACUGAGACAC